ACUCGACACGCUGUACGCCAAACCCCCAUCCGACAAUUCCGUCUCUCUCUUCAUUGGCGCUCAAAAGCUUAUAUAUUCACACCUAAACAAAAACAUGCUCUGCUCAACUUCAAUUGCUGAGCUCUAGUUUAUCAUUUGGGUUCUGUUGCUUCUGUAAUUUCUCCUUUUGGAAGGCACAUUUUCAGCUCCAAACCUCGUCGUUUUGUGUAUCUUCUUCAGCUUUCUCCUUCACGCUCUUCGAGAUUCCAACACCCACCCAUUGCUUUCCUAAACCACACACUAUAUUUUGCAGCAAAAGUAAAAGAUGAAUGCCAGAGUCCGCGGCUGCACUCAAACCGUCAAAGCUCAUAAUCAUGACAAGAAGGUGAAGCAAUUAGAAACUGGGAGGAGCAAGACGAUGGCGAAUGACAAACCUGGGAUUAUCAUAAAUCGGCACAGAAUGAACAGAGAAAGAAAAAUAGCAUUGCUACAAGAUGUUGAUAAGCUGAAGAAGAAGCUCAGACAUGAAGAGAAUGUUCACAAGGCAUUGGAAAGAGCUUUUACUCGACCUCUAGGAGCUCUCCCUCGUCUUCCUCCAUAUCUCCCUCCUUAUAUACUAGAACUUCUUGCUGAAGUAGCUGUUCUAGAGGAAGAGGUUGUUAGGCUAGAAGAACAGGUUGUAAAUUUCAGACAAGGGCUCUAUCAGGAAGCUGUAUAUGUAUCAUCCUCCACCAGGAAUUCGGUCGAUUCCGCCGACACAAUGGAUCCCAUAUCGACCAGAAUUUCGAAGCACCGAAGAACGAAAUCAUAUUGCCAAAAUGAGUUCAAUUCUGCAAACUCAAUAGCCAAGCUGCAGCCUGCACUGGCUAGAUGUUCUUCAAGUCGAAAGCUAUUGUCGAACGACAACUUCUUCGAUCGUAAUGGAAACUGUUGUAACAGAUUUGGCAAUGGGAAACAUGUUCCUGGGAAAUCGAGUUCCUUUUUGUUUCUUCCAGAAGAUGGGCAGGGAAAGGAGAAUGAAUCAUAUGCAAAUUCUGUGAAAAGUAAGCCAUCUCCUGAAAAGAAAGUUGAUAGAAUUAUAAGCCCAUUGAAGAAGUCCCCUUUCAAGCAAGAAUUUUUGGAGAAGAACUCAAGUCCUUUGAAGUUUCAGCCGGAGUUUAGAUUGGAUCGAGAAAAAGCAAAGGACAAUGCAUCUAGUUUGUUUGAUGAUAUAGAGGGUAGUAGCUCGCCAAACAAAAUUUCUGAGGACAUUGUGAAGUGUUUGUGUUCCAUUUUCAUAAGACUGAGUUCAUCAAAAGACAAAGCUAUGGACUCAUCAGAUACUCAAACUUCAAACGGAUCAGCAGAGUUGCAAGAUCCUUAUGAGGUCUGUUCAGAUUUCAAAUGUAGGAACAUUGGUCCCUAUAGACAUCUCUGUGCAAUCGAAGCUAGCUCCGUGGAUCUCAACCGAUCAAGUAGCGCAGUUCAUCUAACUCAUAGGCUAAAAAACUUGUUCCAGAGACUCGCCUUGGUUAACUUGGCAGGUCUUAACCAUCAGGAGAAGCUAGCUUUCUGGAUCAAUAUCUACAAUUCAUGCAUGAUGAACGCAUAUUUAGAGCAUGGGAUACCUGAGAGUCAUGAAGGAGUUGUCACAUUGAUGCAGAAGGCAACAAUUGUUGUGGGAGGACACCUUCUAAAUGCAAUAACAAUCGAGCAUUUCAUCUUGAGACUUCCUUAUCAUCUGAAGUUCACCUGCCCAAAAGCAGUAAAGCACGACGAGAUGAGAGCACGCAGCGUGUUCGGAUUGGAAUGUUCUGAACCGUUGAUUACGUUUGCACUCUGUUGUGGAAGCUGGUCGUCUCCCGCGGUGAGAGUGUACAGAGGAUCAAAUGUUGAAGAGGAGCUAGAAAUAGCAAAGAGGGAGUAUUUGGAGGCAGCCAUUGGGAUUUCAAAGAGGAGCAAGAAGUUGAUGAUCCCAAAGGUUUUGGAUUGGUACUUACUUGACUUCGCAAAGGACAUGGAAUCACUGUUGGAUUGGGUUUGCUUGCAGCUUCCAAAUGAGCUGAGAAUUGAAGCAGCUAAAUGCGUUGAGAGGAAAGGGAGAGAGCCUGUCUCACAAAUUGUACAAGUAAUGCCAUAUAAUUUCACCUUCAGAAUGCUGCUGUUACACACAUGAUGAAACACAAACCAACUAACUAACUUUAUUUAUUUUAUUUAUUUAUUUAUUUAUAAUAUCUCAGGUCUUAUAAGUUAA